AUGGGUAAAAAGGAUAAAAGACGUAAGAGAAUGAAAAAUUUCAUUCAAAACAAGCAACGACAAGAAAAGGCUAAACAAGAGCAGGUCCUAUGUCCAACUGAAGAUAAAAAUACUAACAACAGUAAUACAAAUAAUGAAAAUAACACUACUGCAUCACCGUUUCAUACUGUUGUUCAUAAUAUAACUACCACAUGCACAUCUCCAGAUGAUAGUACUAUUACAGAAGAUACACCAUUAAACACUGUAACUGAUACAUAUGAAUCUAUUAAGCCUAUAGAUGACACUAUUCAUAAUUCUUCAUCUCAAUUAUUGUCAAGAUCGUCAUUACCACCACUAAAUAUAGAGACAUCUAUUGGGAAUAAUGAUACUGCAUCGUUAGAAUUAUUGUCUGUACAACAACGACAACAACAGCAAAAUGUGUCCAAAGUUUCCAAUACUACACCUCAUAGUUCAACCUUUCCACCUUCUAGUCGUGGUAGUUUAGCCCCAGUAGAUUCAAUGAACUCCAAUAUUCCUAAUGUUAAUAGCAUCCCAGAAUUAGAUUUAAAUGAUCAGGAAGACAAUAGUGAAUUAAGUAGAAAAAGUAUAAAAUCUACUUAUUUAUUGACUCCAGUGAGGAAAUGGAUAUCUAUUAGUAUUAUCUAUUUAUUUUCUAUGGUGAUCGGGUUUGAUUUAGGGAAAACUUGGAUCCAUCAAUCAAUUAUAUCUUCUAAGUUCCAACAAUUUUACAACACUUCACAAUUAUUAACAUUUCUUGCCUUAGGAUAUUGGUUACAAAAUCAUUUUAGAUUAAAUUUUUCUGUUAGAAAUAAUAUAGCUGUUGUUUCUAUAUUUGAAAUGCUAAGUUUUUUUACCUUAGAUUGGACACCUUGUUUCCCAUUAUUGUUGUUGUCGAGAUUAGUAACAGGUAUAUCGGUUGGAUUAUUUUUAAGAGGGACUUUAACAUUCUUUGAGAAUAUUGGAUCAAUUAGGUAUAGAAUUCCAUCAUGUAUCUGUGCUGGUACCUUAUGUGCUAUCUUCUUCAAUACAGUUAUGUGCAAUUGGCUAUUUUAUGGUACAAUUUGUUUAAUUAUGAUAUCAAGUAUUGUUGUUUUACCAAAUACAAAGAAUCAAAUUGAAGUGACAUCAUAUGUGAUUAAUAGACAGAAUUUAUUUGUAGUGGUAGGUUAUAUUGCUAUUCAAUUUUUAUUGAUUUUUAUUGAUAAUUCUUACAAAUUUAUUUUAGCAUUUUCAAUAAUCAUUCCACUAUAUGUUCAUAUUGACAAUAAAACUAGAAAUGGAAAAAUGAUGUCAUUAUUUUCUUCUCUGUCUUCUUCUUCUUCCUCUACUUCUUCAUUAUCAUUAAUUGCGACUUAUAAUCAAGACAAAUUAGCCAUACUUUUAAGAAUAUCUGUUUUAUUGUUAGCCACAAUCGAUUUCUAUUCAUUAUCUACAUAUUUAGAUAUUUUACAAAGAAAUUAUGAUAGAGUUUAUUGUUUAUUGUUGGGUGUUUUAUUUGGAUCUAUUUUAUCAGAGCAUAUAUCAUAUAGAGCAGCCUUCUUCACCUUGAUUCUAACUGUAUUGAUUACUAUAACUAUGAAGAUCAAUGACUUAAAUUUAUUUUCUAAAUUACUAGUGGUUGUAGUUGUGGGAUGUUUUGUCAUUAUGUGUGUGAACACUAAACCAUUACGAGCAAGCAUUCCCAGUAAUUACACUUUUGAGAUAAUAAUCAUUAUAUCAGGUCUAAUAAUAGCUGAUGCAUUGACACAUAUAUACCCUAAGAAAUUAAUUUACAAUAGUUUGAUGGAGAUAAAAUCAAAGAAACAUCCAUAUGAUGAAAUUAUAGAAAUUAUAAAUCAUUCAAAUAAAUCAAUUGAAUGGAUUCAUAAUAAGGCACCUAUGUUUGCCCUAACGAUUAUUAAGUCUUGUUAUGAGAAAUCAUUUAUGAUAGUAUGGAUCUUGUCAGGAAUCCUUUCAGCCCUCAUAUUUCUUUUAACUAUUAUUAUAAAUCAUCUAGAAUAG